UUUCAAGAUGGCGACUGGGCUGUCAACGAUGCAUCUUUAAAUUGUUUCCAUUUUGUAGCGUCUACAUUAUAAAAAUUGUUAUGGAUAACCAAAGAAUAGGGUCCUUAAACUCUCUGGCAGAUUAUGGACUUGGUGAGAGUGAUAUUGAAGACUCUGAUGAUGAAGUAGAACCGGAAAACAAGCCGAUUGUUGCGGCGAGACCUUCGGUUUCCCAACCGUACGUUAAAACAAGUAAGUCCAUCGGAAGACUUGUGUUAAGAUUUGCCAAGAUAUAUGAUGAGAUAUUUAGAUAUGCAUGGAAGGGAGGAGAAUCUCUGAGAUCGAUACAUUUAUUAACAUAUGCGCAGACGAAUCAGAAUUGAAUCGCAAUUUCGGUACUUUGGCGUUUUCCUUUGAAAUGUGUAUCUCUAGGUUCAGAAUUGUGGUCAGGUCUUGUGUACCGAAGUGUGUUUUCCAUUGGGGAGUUUGGCUUAAAAAGUGAAACAUCCCAUUCUUUUUUAAGCCUGUUUUAACCUCAACCAAAUUAGUUGACUAAUCUUAUGGAAAUCGAGUGUUGUAAUAACUUUCUAGAUCGCACCAUCCAUUUGCAUCCGUUUUUGCUAGACUGAAAUUGUCCAGAAGUAUUACAAUUUUACUCUUUUGUAAUAGAGAACCAAACACAGUCAAUUGUGUUGCAUGACUGCACAAUGGCAACGUGGCACAUGCAUGUAUUGCUCUCUGUAAAGUGACAGAACAACACUUCAUCAAAAUAUCCUAUUUUAUUAUUGUAAUUGUAGAUUUAAUGCACGUUCGUAUUUUGAACGAGACGACAGUUAAAUAAUAAUUAAAUAAAUUAUUGAUAUUGAUUAUUAAACACAAAUCAACCAAUAUCCUGUGUGGCGUUUUGCUUGUUUAGGUGCUCGGUUAGUCUCCUAUGAUGAUGAAGAAGAAAAAGGGGAAGAGCCUAAAGAUGAGGUAUUUUUGGAGAGAUUUAUUAAGAAGUUAAUGAUUGUUUAGAGUUAGAGAUUGAAUUUAAAAAAUAUAUAUAAAUAUGAUUAUCAACUACAUCUGACCUGAAGCCAAAUUAUCAUGGUAAUACGAGAAUAGGUAUAUGUAUUACGUACUUAUUGACUGAGUUGUGGGCAGAAUAAUAAAAUAUUUGGCUUGAGUCCUUGUCAUACAUUACAAUUAUAUCCAGUGAAAUUACAGCAUUAUAGUUUUUUCUUAAUGCACUAUAAGUAGAAAACAAAGGUUUAAAUUUUAUAUAUCAGUUCUUAUUGGUUUUUGUUUUAAUAUUAUUAGGUAAUUGAUACAGACCCAGAGACUGUUGAAGAGACUGUCAGUGAUGAAAAAGGUAUCAAAAAUAUGAUUGUUUUUGUAAGCUUAAAUAGAGAAUUAUUUAUUGUUAGGACUAAUCUACUGUGUAAUUACAUGUAGUACAGUGGAACUUCGAUUUAACGAACAACUAUACGACAAAGUCCUUGGUAUAAUGAUGAUAUUCUUCAGUCCAGUCAAAGUUACAAUAAAAUAUAUGGGAAAGAAACUUGAUUUAAUGAACCACGAUAUAACAAAAUCCUUGUUAUAACGAACGCAAUGUAGAAGCCCAAACAUACAAUAUGCCCUGUUAUAACAAACAAAUGUCAACAGGUGACAAAAGACAAAUGUGAGCCGACCAACUAGAAUCAAAAUCCAUCAUCAUUUGUCCAUUUGCUAGUGACUUCCACUGAAGCUUGUCCUCUGUGCCUUAUAAACAAGGUGCUGUAGCCAUGUACAGACUUGUACAAUGUACUGUAGCUUCAUAUGGUCAUUAAAGCACAAAUGUUAUUUACAGUAAUUGUUUGGAUCCCAAAAAUUCAUGUAUUGGGUAGCAUGACUUCACACAACAAUAAAAAAAAAUAAUAUUAAAUAAAAUAUAAUUAUUAAUCAGCCCUCAAUAUAACAAACAAUUUGGUUGUUUUUCUGCAAACUUGUCAAUAGAGGUUUUUGAUGUAACAAACCCCUAAUAUAACAAACCAGUUUCCUCUGUUCCAUCAAUAUGAUACUACAUCUUUCUUCUUUAUAUUAUGUCCCACAUCUUUAUGUGACAGUACUUUUGUUCUGUAUACCCUUUUCAGUGAUAGAUAAAGAUGUUACUGAUGAAGAUUCCUCUCAAGAAAAAAAUACUGCUCAAGUUUCUUUGGUAAGCAUAUAGUUCUAACUUUUCAAUUUUACUCAUUUAUUUGUUUUAAUAAUUACAGGCCUUGUUUGUUUUCACCAUUGCUUACAUUGGGUUCUGCUUUGAAUGUCUUGCAGACAAUCAGUGACUCAUCAGAAAUGGUGCAAUCAGGAGAAAAAGAUGAUUCUAUUGGUGAGUUUUUUUUAAAUACAAAGUACUUUGUAGAGAGGACAACAACCACUUGAAAAACCACCAGGCAAACGAUCCAAAAAAACAAACAAUCAGAAAUUGUCAUGCUCACCACUUUCGCGCUGAGAUUUAUAAAUCAGUCGAUGAUUUACAAGUCAUUGAGGUGACCUCUGAUAUGUAAGCCAUAGGAUUUCUGGAGGUCUUCUCCUCACUUAUCUUACAUUUUAAAACUAUUCUUUGUCAAGUUUAUGGUUGGGAAUAACCUUGAACUUGAAUCUGAUCCUGAUUGUGAUGACUUAUACAUCCCUGUUUUCAGGUAAGUGGUUUGACUAUUUGCUUUUUAUUUUGAUAUAGUUGGUUUAAUAAUGUAACAUUGAGCUAGUUGAUGUAAGCUAUGCACAUCCUGAUGUAAAAGAUCUUCAUGUAAAAGAAAAUACUUCAUAAAGAUGUUUUUCCUAAUACUUUGAAAAUUUGUGCUGAAGAAAAUGUUAAUAUCUAGAACUGAUUCAAAGAGGGAGAAAGAAGGCUUUUUUAAACCAAUUUAUGAUAAAUCCUUUUCAUUAUCUGUUAUGUGCUAAUCACAGACAGCAAAUCAAAACCUAACUGCCUGAUAGUGGAUUGAUUUUGACACUUAUGUUAAAAUUUCUCUUGAAAUUAAUUAUCACACUUGUUAGUUGAGGAUCUCACCACAGAAACAUCAAACUCAAUAACUGACAUCAAGAUGCCGCAGUUACCACCUGAACCUACUGGUCGGUGUUCCAACGCUCUCCAGGUAUCAAGUUGAUAAUAACAUAAACUGCUGCUUAUAAGCCAUGGGCUCACACAAUUUCCCAUGAGGUUUUAGGAAGGCUUAUGAAUAGGGUGUUUCUAUCUGAAGGGGGGCUUAUAACAAGAGAAGAAAAAGCGCUUUUGAAACGAGUUAAAGAAAUGCUGAUUGAAAUAGGUUUUUGGAUAAUUAACAUGUCCUGGUUUUUUAUCAAGCUUUAAAACAUCAUAAUGCAUCAUUUCAGUAGAACUGUGCCACAUACAUGUAUGCAGCAGUUUGUGUUAUUUAUGGCAACAUGGUUAUUAUGUAAAGGUGGACUGUAUACUUGUGCUAUGAAGGAAACCUUACUUCAGUUAAUUUUAUUACUUACUCAGGAUAAGAUUCGAUCACUGUUAGAAAAGACACACCAAGAAAAGCUUGAUUUAAACACCAACAUACAAAACAGGAAAGAUUAUAGAAACCCAAGGUGAGUAAGCAGUGAUAUUGCAUCUUUUGUGAGAGUCGUGAAACACACAGGUCUGUGAAUCAUACAAUGAAUUUUCAUUGUCUUUUGAUUUCAGUAUCUAUAAGAAGCUCUUGCAAUUUCUCAACAUUGAUGAAACUGGUAGCAACUAUCCAAAGGUAGGCAUUUUGUCUUACAGAAGUGAACUUAUUAUCUGUCGCCACACACCUGUAUAAUUAGGAAGAAGGUAAACAGGUCAUGCAAUUUUUUAAAAUGAUUGACUCUCAAUGAGUAUAUUACCAUAAAAAAACAAUGUGAUGGUAGAUCUGUUGUUAACAUAUUUUUGUUUUCAAGGCUAAAUAGAAAAUUGAUUGUAAGUUACCCAAAACAUGUCAACAGUAAAAAGAUACAUAUGAUUUAUUUUUCACCCCUGACUUCUGACUCAAUUGUUUAUAAAUCUUUUCUCUUCCUUAACAGAGUUUGUUCGAUCCAACUUGUUGGCCUGAGGAGUCUUACUAUGAAAGCUUAUGUAUGUUGUCUAGAUACAAUGCACAAUGAUCUUACUAGUUCCUUAUCAACUUCUAUCCUCUGAUUAUUUGAUACACUGUAUGUGUUUUUUUUUUUUAGCCAAAGCUCAGAAAGAAGCUUAUGAGAGAAAGGAAAAGGAAAAAGCAAAGCAAGCAAGAACACAGGUAAGGAACUAGGGUGUUUGUGAACCCUUUAGCUGCCAAGAUCUGAUCGUUCAUACUCCCUGCUAGCUGCUACACAUUUCAAUUUAAAUUGGUUGUGAGAAUUUGGUGUUAGAUCAAGAUAACAACUUCUACCUGAUAAGUUUGAGUAUUCCCAUUACCUGUUUGCUGAAUAACAGGAAUACUGGUACUCAAACUUAUCAGAUAGAAGUUGCCAUCUUGAUCAAACACCAAAUUUUCACAACUAAUUUACAUCGAAAUGUGUAGCAGCUACAUGUUAGUCACGUCUUGGAGUUAGAGGGUAAACUAAGCAACCAGCUAAAUGGGGCAUGUAAAAUUCUUAGGUGAAAUUUUGAUGGCAUUACUUAUAGCUCCCAUUUUAGAGGUGAAGAAACUCUUCUACUGUGGUGUCUCACUACUGCACAUAUUGAAUUUAGAUUUGCAUUGUGCUUGUUCAUACAUUUAGUUGUUAGACAAUAGCAAGAAGAACACCUGUAGAGGUUUACAUGUAUUUGCUCUUUUAAUAAGUCAUUUGUUUUCCUCCUCAAGGUGGAAUUUGUGUCUGGGACCAAAAAGUCAGGUGCAGGUAUCUCAGCUUUUGGCUUUUUUGUUCAUGAAUAUGACAGGAUUCUUGCAAUAUUAUAUGUGCAGUUACCCCCCCCACACUUUGUUUCUAUGGCUCUCUGGGGCAAAUCAUGAGAGCAGCUCUUUCUUCUUAACCCCGUGACCUCUUAUAGUGACUAGCAUCUAGUUUCUCCUUUCAAUAUCACCCAUCAAUCGCAAAUUUAAGGGCACAAGAAAAAAGGAAAUGAUCACCUACUAAAAAAGCUCUUGAUUGUUAAACAAAUUCUCCUUGUCAGCACCUAAGGAAUUGUAUGAAGAACAGUAUAGAGAGUAUGCAUUCUGGUGUUUGGUUGUUAAGUGAAUUUACUUAUUUUGUUUAUGACUAUGUACUUGUUGUUUAUUUCCUUUCAAUUGUGUUUUUGUUGCAGAGGAACCAAAGAAGAGAAAGAGCAAAUGGGAUGUGAGUGCAGCCCCAGCACCUCCUGUGAAAACCGCAACUCCACCAGUAAAAGUUGGAGCACAGGGAUCAGUUGUCUCCUCUUCUAUUGACAUUAGUGCUGCCAAAAAGCCAAAGGUUUCUUGAUGGUAGCAGUCUCAGGCAGAAGGAUCAAGUCAACCUUACAGAGACAGCAAGAACAGCAUUAACAAAUGCAGUUUAUUUCUCAAAACUGUUUUGAGGAAACACUGCAGGAGGUCGAAGAUUUUCCUUGUAAAUCUAUG